CAUCAGUAGAGGCGGCAGAAGGGACUCGGCUGGGGAAGAAAUACGAGCACAUUUAAGAUUAGAUCCUAUUAAAAGCUCUUGAAGGGCUAUGAAGCUUUUUGGAGGGCUUGCAGUACUGUGGCUAUGCGUGGCGGAGGCCGUGGAAAACUGCCCAGAAGCUUGCAGAUGCAGCCAGAGAGCCGGCACGGAGAGAACCGAAGUCAACUGUUAUAAACGAAGACUUCAGCAAUUUCCGUCAGCGUUCCCGCCGGACACUUGGAUCAUAAAAAUGGGUGAGAAUUUACUCCAAGAGCUCCCAGCUGACAUCCUAACAUCUCUCCCCAAAAUUGAAAGUGUAAACUUGGAGCGCAAUUCGAUCAAAUCAAUCAACCCCCAGGCUUUUUCUGGUGCCAGCAGAUUGAUGCUUCUGAACCUAUAUGGAAACCAGUUAACCACCCUCCCCCCGAAGGGCUUCAAAGACCUCCUCAACCUCCGCUUCCUCAUGCUGGGCCAAAAUCAGAUCUCGACUGUCAAACCUGAUAUGUUCACCGGCAUGAGGAACCUCUCAGAUCUAGACCUGCCCAUGAACUCCCUCACCAUGCUUCCCCCCAAUGCCUUCAAACCCCUGAUCGCUCUCAAGGUGCUGGACCUCGCCUUGAACCACAUCGAAAGGAUCUCCCCGAAAGCCUUUGUCGGGCUUGAGGAGUUGCUUUUUCUGAACAUGGACAACAACGGCCUGAAGAGCCUCCAAGCUGGGACCUUCAUGCCUCUGAGCAACCUGGAGAUGCUGGUGCUGGAUAAUAACCGUCUGUCCACGCUGACGUCAUCGAUGUUGGAGGGGCUGUUCAACCUACAGGAGUUCUACGUGAGAAACAACGAGAUUGAGAGGCUGCCAGCCGACGUAUUCCGUCACACACCCAAGCUUAGCCAGGUGGCCUUGAGCGGGAAUCGGCUUCACACUAUCGACGGCAAUAUGUUGGCCAACAUGCAGGGACUGAAAGCCGUAUAUCUGCACGACAACCCGUGGAAAUGCGACUGCAACAUCAACUCGCUGGUGUUCUACAUAGCCCAGACCCAGGCUAAUCACACUCCUCUGCAAAGGCUCCGGUGCGUAAGCCCAGAGGAACACCGUGACAAACCUGUCCACCAGCUGAAGUCUGAGGACCUUCCCUGUCGGGCCUAGAAGGACUCGGCUUUGGGUGAUAUCAUGACAUAAAUGUCCUCAAAAAGUUGGUGAGGAAGCGAGCAAAGUAUAAUAGCAUGAGAUUUACUGUAAUUGAAUGGUAAUGCCUUACAUAACUCUGAGCACAAUGACUUUGACAAGACAAUGAUAGGGGAACCCUCGCUGCAGAUAAUCGCCAUAAUUUCCCUCCCACACAAGCCGGUUA